AUGGCAGCCGAGGCGCGCGUGUCACGCUGGUACUUCGGGGGGCUGGCCUCCUGCGGGGCCGCCUGCUGCACGCACCCACUGGACCUGCUCAAGGUGCAUCUGCAGACACAGCAGGAAGUGAAGCUGCGCAUGACCGGCAUGGCACUGCGGGUGGUGCGCACUGACGGUAUCCUGGCUCUCUACAAUGGCCUGAGCGCCUCGCUGUGCAGACAGAUGACCUAUUCCCUGACACGGUUCGCUAUCUAUGAGACUGUGCGGGACCGCUUGACCAAGGGCAGCCCUGGGCCUGUCCCCUUCUACAGCAAGGUGCUGAUAGGAGGCAUCAGCGGUUUAACUGGAGGCUUCGUGGGGACCCCUGCAGACUUGGUUAAUGUCAGGAUGCAGAAUGACAUGAAGCUGCCUAUGAAUCAGCGGCGCAACUAUGCCCAUGCCCUGGAUGGCCUGUACCGCGUGGCCCGUGAAGAGGGCCUGAGGAGGUUAUUCUCUGGUGCAACCAUGGCAUCCAGCCGCGGGGCCCUUGUCACUGUGGGCCAGUUGUCAUGUUACGAUCAGGCCAAGCAGCUGGUCCUCACCACUGGGUACCUGUCUGACAACAUCUUCACACACUUUGUCGCCAGCUUCAUUGCAGGCGGCUGUGCCACGUUCCUGUGCCAGCCCCUGGAUGUGAUGAAGACCCGCUUGAUGAACUCCAAGGGCGAAUACCAGGGGGUUUUUCACUGUGCUGUGGAGACAGCUAAGCUGGGACCACUGGCCUUUUACAAGGGCCUCUUUCCUGCUGGCAUUCGUCUGAUCCCACAUACCGUGCUCACCUUUGUGUUCCUGGAGCAGCUGCGGAAACACUUUGGCAUCAGGGUGCCCACCUGAGGCCACCAGUACCAGGCUCAAGAUCGGUGGGAGGGUGCAGCCUCCCCUCCUUCCUGGCCUGGGCCCUUCCCCAGCUCCUGCCCACUCCUGUGCUUCCUGCUGGGCGUCUGCCCGGCCUUGCCCCUCCCCACUGCCCGUUCACUCAGGAAGAGGGCAAGAGCGGCCCUCAGGGUGGCUCCCCACCCUCCCCACCUCCAUUCCCUCUGCCCUGUAUUCACUGUGAAGAAGGGAGUGGCCAGAUGACCUGUGUUGUGCUCUGGCCAAGGUUUGCUGCAGACAGAAGCACCAUCUUCCUGCAGCCUGCCCUGAGGGGAGGGCCUGGACAGCAGGGUGGGGUGUGGACCCUACAGCUGCCCACUUGCCACACUCGUGAGCAUGCGCACUUUACUCUCACGAGAGGGACCACAGCUUUAGCACCCUCACUGGUAGCCCCUUCCCCAGCCUGUUCCUGGUGAUAACAGAUCACCAGCCAGUGCCAGGACUUAGCGUCCCCACACACCCGUCUGCAGGUACAGCCCCAGAUGCUUUAAUGAUUUGCUGUGCCGGACAAAACCUCAGUGCCCACAGCUUGUUGCUGUCCACUCAGCUGGUGCCCAAGGCCCUCAGAUGCCCACAGCAUCCUCUGCAAGGCUCCCUAGGGAAAUAGGGCCACAAGUAGCAGUGGGCUGUGGUGUGUCCUCCAGAAUUCUCCUUCCAGCACGGCCGGUGGUCACCCCACAAGAGCCCCGAGCAGCCAAAAACUGCCACCAAAACAGCCUCUUUCCCCUAAACAGGCUUGGCUACCAUGUGGACUUGGGCACUGUGCUCUGCAUCAGCCCCACAGGUGUUGGCCUGCAGCUCUGCAUGGGUCCAAUAAAGCAGUGACCCAGGUGA